AUGAAACUGGCUGCUGCGGCGCCUUCGAAGCAGAGCGACCACACAGUGAUAACCAAGCGAUUGGGUAACCCGUCGUUCGCAAAUGCUGACGAAGACUUCCAAAAAGACAAGAAGUUCGACCUAAAAGGUUACUAUGCUUACGACGGGGAGAAGGAGCAACUGUCAAGCUUCUCCGGCACUGGAGAAUCUUUGGGUCAACCGGAGAUUAGCGGCGACUUCGAGGAGGACUGGUCUAAGAACUCAAAGGAGUUGGACAAGAGCUUACAAGGCUUGUUCAAGGUCGAGGAUCACGGAUGUUAUAAACCGUGUAAAUCCCAUGCAGAGUGCGAUCAGGUCUUUUGCUCGAGAUGCGUGGACUUCAAGACAGAGGUACCAGGUUUUGUAGGGCACUCUAAGAUCUGUGGGCCGAACGAGUAG